CUAUGGUCACGGAUAUAGAUAUUAAACCUAGCAAUCUAGUUUAUUAUUGAUAUCUGUGUCUAUGUUUAAUAUCUCAGUUGUAUUUCUGAUAAUAUGAUUAUGGCAAAAUUUGACGAUAACAUAGAAUAGAUUAAAUUUUACUGGUAGUGGUAAGUAAUAAAAAUAUUAUUAUCUCAUCAGUAUAGUAUUCACUUUUCAGUGAUUCAAUCAUCAGUGAAAGUAACUGUAUAAUGAAUAAUAUUUCAUUUUAAUAAUCUGAAUUUUUUUUUUUAAAUCUUCAAGUUCAAUAUUUUAGUUUCAUUUUUAAUCAUGUCCUGGCUUAUAGACUUGGCUGGUAAAGCAGAACAUUAUUUGGAUAAAAUCGAUCAGAACACGGCUGUAGUUUUACAAAACCAAAAAGAGAAACCAUUAAAAGAUGUUUUCAAGUAUUUAGUUAUUUAACGAUUUUUUGUUUUAAUGAUUGUAAUUAAGUAUCUACAUUUUAUAUAACUUUUAUAUACAACUGCUAUAUAUAUAUAUAUAUUUUUAAAGAACACCCGUGUCAGAGAAUGUGUCAAUUGAAAUUGAUUGUAAACCCAUAGUGUCCGUUCCUAGUUCACCUUCCACCAAAUCUAAGCUCAAGAAACCCAAAAAUGAUUCUCGCAUAUCUGAUGAGCAUUUGCUGGAGUAUUUAAAUAGUCAUGAUUCAACUAUUCAAUCUCAAGUUUGUUGCAAAAGUGUUUUCAUAUUUUAAUUUUGGUAUUAAUUGUAUAUUAUGCCUACAAUUAGUAUGGAAUGCAAUCUUCUUCUAUUGAUAAUUCAAUUGAUCCAAUAUCCGUUCCGUUGACUGAAGAAAAUCAUUUGCUGAAAAAUGAAAUAAGAACAUUAAACAAUGAGAUGUCAUUAUUGCAGUAUAAAUUGAAAACUGCAGAUAAGGGUGAGAUAUUUCAGACAUUUCGGUUAAAAUGUUCAACUAAAAUAUUGUUUUUUUUUUUAUUUUUGGUUAUUUUGUUUAGAUAUUAUUCAAAUAUCAAUGGAACUAGAAGUAAAUAAAAGACACUCCGCUAAUUUGGAAAAGGAAUUACAAGAAGCUCAAAUUCAAUUGCGAAAUGCUCAAGAUGUAAUGUUUCGUUUAAAAGAGAAAUCUAAAACCAGAGAUCCAGUAACCGAAGAAAAUAGUUUUGUUUGCGAUAAUAAUUUAAUAAACGAAAACCAAAUGCUGAAAAACGAAAUAUCUACUUUGCUCAAAAAGUAAAUUAGAUUUUUAUAAUAAUUCGUCAUAAAUCAUCAUUAUAAACAAUUUAUUUUGUGUUUAAACAUUGUUUAGAAUUGAUGUUGAUGAAUUAAAAAAAAAUGAUUUGGCUGCAGAAAAAUUAAACUUGGAAAUGGCACUUAAUAAUAUUCAGUUUGAGAGUAAAAAUACUGUAAAAAAGGAACAAUUUGUAAACUUAUCUAAUGAAUGUGAUACAAUCACUGCUGUCACCAAAACAAAUUUAAAUAAUGUUGCCCAAAAAUUAAAGGAAUGUUUAAAUGGUUUAGAAAUAGUUACAAAUAUACAAUCGAUUGCCGAUCAAGGGUAACAAUUAUUUUUUGUAUAGUAAAGUAAUAAGUAAUACUAAUUAUUAAAAUGAUUAAAGGGUUUCAAAUACUUCAGAAGAGGAACAUUCAGACAUAAUGACCAAAUUAAAUGUUAUGAAAAGUAACUUGCUUUCAAUUGAUUGUGGUCUACAGAAGUCGCUGCACGAUCUUAGUGGUUUUAAAGAACGACUUUUAAAUAUUGAUUCAGAAUCUUCUACAGAAAAUACUAAUUUUAAUAAUCAUACAGACUUAAUUAACCAAGGGGUAAUGAAUGAGCAAAUGUUAUCGCUUAAAAAGGCUGUGGCGUGUAAACAAGCUGAACUAGAUCAAAUAUUAGCCGAAAAAAGUUCAAUGGCAAUACGAAUUGAACGUUUAGAGGUAUAGAUUAUGUUUUGUAUUAUGUUUAAUCAGUUUGUAUAUUAUAAGUUUUGAAUACAUUUUAGAUGAGACUGAAGAAAGAAACAAAUGUGUUGAUCAAUGUUAAUGACACAGACGAUGGUAAAUUUUUAGAAAUAAUUUUUAUUUUAUUUUUAUUAUUAUUAAUUUUUUAUUUAUAGCUAAAGCCAAAGUGCCUUAUUUCAUGUUGGAAAAUGCAUUUGACACUAGUGUAGGUAGACGAGUAAAAAGGGCUUACACUAGCUUAGAUUCAUUUGGUUUAAGAACAGGAAUGUAUUUACGGCGAUAUCCAUUAUUAAGAACUAUAUUAUUUGUGUAUGUGGUGAGUAUUUUUCAUUAUUAUAUUUUCUUUUAGUACAACAAUCAUUAUUUUAAUUUGAUGAAUCUCUAAAUUAUAAAAAAACCUAUGAUGUUGAGGGAUUUGCAAAACUGGCCACUAACUAGUUAAAAACUUAACUAAUUAGUUUAAAUUCAUUGUAACAUUCUUACUUAAAUAGUUAGAUUUAAUGAAAGGAAUAAUCUAAUUUAAUGUGGUAAAAAAAAAAAGUAAGUAAUUAUUUUGUAAUCAUAUAAGUAAUAGAAGAGAAAUAACACCCAUAUUUGUAUUAAUGUUAAAUUAAAAUCUUAAUGUAUAUAAUAUAUAAAAUAAUAAUAAUAAUUUAAUAAGUCAGUCAUCAAAGUAAAUUAAUACAUUACUAUUGACUAUUUAGUAUUUAUUAUUUACCUAAUAACUUUAAUAAAUUACUAAAAAUUAAAACAAAUUAUAAGGUCUUAUUAUAACUAAUGUACCUAUAACUUUUAAAGAAAUUUAAUUUCAACAAUAGUUUUAAAGGUGGGUUAAGACAUACCUAUAUUUAAAUUUAAUUAAUAUUUUAAAUAAUCACUAGGCACUUGUAUAAUAUAUAUAUAUAUAUUAUUUUAUUUCUUAUUUUACUGAUUGUUAUAUAUUUUUCUUAUUGACACUCCCAUUGAUCAUAAAUUAUUUCAUAUUUGCAAUAAAUACAGUUUAAUACGUUUUCAAAUAAUCAAUUCAAUUAAAAUUGAUACAUUAUUACCAACAAUUUAGUUUAGUUUUUAAAUUAUGAAAAAAAAACUAACUUGUAACUUUUAUUCUAACUUAAGUUACUUAUUUUCACUAUAUCAUUUUCAGAAAAAGAAAGCAUCGCACAUUUAGACAGCACCAAACGUUCUGCGAUUGGUUAUUGCUUAUUAAUAUUUAGUAGAGACAUGUGCAUACACGGAUCGAUUUUAGUCAGCUACCCGGUGCAUUCUUAUUCUGAAAAUAGUAUAAGUUAGAAUUGUAGGAAAUUUUAGAAAAUAACUUUAAUUCAAACUUUAUUAGUUUUAUAUAUAGUAACUUAACUUAACUAUAGUUGAUUUCGCGCCUAGUAGACUAUUUGACACAGAGGCUCUAAAACAAGAGUGACAAGUUUAAAUUAAUUACUUAUUUGUAUAUUAUAUUAUAUAUGAUUAUUUUUUACACCUUAAUUUAAAUGCAGUAUUUCAUAAUACAAAUUAUGAACAAUUCAGCUAAUUUAGUAUCACAAUUUUUAUUUGUCUACAAAUACAAAUAAUACAAUUGAUAUAAUAUUAAAAAAACAUGAAAACCACUGGUUUGUAGAAAUACCGCCACAAUGCACGCUACUGUCGAGGGUCACUUUUUCGUGAAAAGCACUAUAGUUGACCAAUUUAUCUAGCUUUGAGGAUUUGUAGAGGAAAUGAUUAAUAAAGAUUUUUUUUUUUUUUAUAUCUUAUAAUGAAUAAAAUUGAAAAUAUCCUAGAGAAGCAGUUCAAUAUUGUAGUUUAAAAAUAAUAAUAAUAAAUCAUUGCAAAUACAAUUCUGAGUAGAGAGGGAAAAAAUGAUCUCUACAUAGAUAAAAGUUGCUAUUAGAAACAGUAGAAACCUCCCCUAAAGUUGAUGGUUGCAAGAUUUCUGGUUGAGGUUUUCAAAAAAUAAAAUAACAUAGUUAAACUAUUAAUUUGUUUGAUUACUUUGUCCAGAAUUAAAAUAUUUAAAUAUAUACAAAUACUUGUUUUUGAAUAUACAUUGUUAUAAAUUAUUUUAUUUUCAUUGGUACAAAAUCCAUUUUUAAAGUUUUGUUUGAAUAUAAUAAAUUGGAAUAAAUAUUUCUAGGAAUAAAUUUAAUUAUUUUGUUUACUUUUCAGGUGAUUCUUCAUUUGUGGGUGAUGUUAAUAUUAUUCUCGUACACUCCAGAAACGAAUUAAAUUUUAAAUUUUAUUUUAUUAUUUCUGAGCAUAUUUCAUGUUCUACCUAAUUAAAUAGUUAUUAUCAUAAUAUAAUAUAUAUGAACAUAAUAUCGUUAAUACUUUAUAUUAUAUGUAUAAAUAUAUAUAUUUUUUUUUUGUUAAAUCAUUUACAUAGAAUUACAUGUUGAGGAACAAUUUUUAUUAAUUUAUUUAUUUUAUUUACAAUAUCUAUCCUUAAAAUUACAUACUAUCAUUAUAAUACUAAUUCAGUAAUUCCCAAAUCCAAUUAUACUACGACACAAACAAUAAUAAUAUUAAUAUUGUAACAUUAAAGCAUAAUAUUAUAUACACAUGACAUAAUAUAUUGUACAUAACAUAUAAUAUUACUAUUUCCAUCAACCAACAUUUAUUUUGAUAGUUUAUAAGUAUUUACAAUAUAAUGAAAACUCAUAAUAAAAAUUAAAUGGUAUAAGGAUUUUUACAUUUUUAGUAAGUCUCGAGCAAGCCUUCUUCAAUACAAAAAUAUACAAUUAUAAUUUUAAAUGAUAUGCAAUUCUGAAAAAAAUGUGUAUAUUGUCCAAACUAAUUAAAAGAGUCAUUACAACGGCAUAAUUACAAAAUAUGUGCCCUGGUAAUAUUUUUAAUUAAAAAAAAAAAAAAAAAAAACUGAUAAACAUAACUCAUUAUUAAUUUGUGUUUGUAUUAAACGUAGACAAUGAUAAAAUGAAUUAUUGGUUAUCUUAUGGUCAUAUAAAAUCCAGAAGCACGGAUGUUCUAGGUCUCUUAGUUACACACCACUAUCAAUAAAUUAUUCUUUCUUAUUCUGAUUGUCAUAUAACACAUUUUAUUUACCAUAUUCAUGUAGUAUUUGUUUCUGUAGGUUUCUAUAAUAUUUAGAUAGUAUACUGAAAAAUAAAAUAUAAUUUGAAUGGUAAAAAGUUAUACAUUUGUUUUACCUAACUUAUCACAUUGUCUCAAUUUACUAAGUACACUGUAUGUCUUGAUUACUUAGAAUAGUUAUAAUAAACUUAAUAUUAUGUUAAAUACAGAAUUUUACAAUUAUUCUGUUUUCUUAUUUACAAACUAAAUGAUUAAAUAAACACAAAUUAUUUAGAGCUAAUUAUUAAAUAUCUGUACACUUAAAUUGUAAUGAAGCAUUCUAAACCUCUAUUAUUAAUCUAAUCGUAAUCAAAUGUGGAAAUAUCUUAGUUUAUAUUUAGAAAAAUACAAUUUAAUUAUAGUAGGUGUGUGAUUUAUAGAUACAGAAAGGAAAUCUAGACUGACAGUCAUUACAAAAUGUAACUGAUAAACAGUAAUAUACAGACGGACUCUACUUUAAAGUCCCAGAUCACACGAUUCCAUUAUUAUUAUUACAAAUCUUUGGACACAAUAAUCUACCACUCACAACCUAUUUAAAAUAAUAAUUAGAUAACAUGUUAUGGGCAAUGUCAACAUUAGCUAGACAAUUUUAUUACAUUAUAAAACAUUUAAAUAAUAUUCAUGGCAGCUUCAUUUGGUUAUGUAACACUAUGUCUGGCUAAUGUAUACAUUGGAGUUUAUCGUGCUGUAAAGCCACACAAUAUAAUAACUUAAUUUGUAAAUGCAAAUUGGUAAAUAUAGUAUAAUAAUAUAAUAUAUUAUAUUAUUCAGUCCAGAUUAAUUAUAAAAAUUAAUUAUAAGGAUUAAAAUAUAAUUUGUUCGUGUUUCAUUAUAAUAUUUGUAAAUAUCACUGGUACGAGAUUUGGCGAGAUUUUGUACCAAACUAUGUUUUAUUAUGCCUUAUAUUUAAUGCCCAACGUUGUUGUUGCACAUACACGGUGGGCUAAUAAUAACAAUAAAUAAUUAGUUAAUUACAAGAAAAUUAACCUAUUCAAUUUUCCUAUAAUACUUGUAAACGCGGGUGUGUGGUAUGUAUGUGUGUAACUUUAUACUCGAGUGUAAAUUAGAAUAAGAAAAAAAAAAAUGAGUGUCAUUUUAUUCCGAGGUGGAUUUGUUGUUUUUUUUAUUCUCCUUCUGGAUCUGUAUCUUCACCAUUUUGUGUAACGCCGACAGCUUGCGCUCCAAAAUUUGAUUUUCGUGGAACAGUGUCAUUGUUUGGAUGGUGACUAGUAGCAAGGCUCUUCUUUUGCGCAUAAAGUCCAAAUGCUCUUCGGACACUGUCUCCUCGUCGUCCGAUGAGUUGACCAGCAACCUUUUCACGUCGGACUACAAAAAAAGAAAAAUAGGAGGUUGGGAUAGUUUUAAUUAAGUUGGUUAAAUCCAAGAUAGAAAUA